UGCGCGGUCGCACAGUCGACGCCCAGACACCAACAUCACUCCUGUUUAUUUACCACUGCUCUUUUCUCACUAAACCACCAAUCCAACACCGAAAUGAACCAAUAAAUAACAAUAUAAUUACAUAGUUUUUAGACUAAACAGUGUUUAAAGUGCUAUCAAGAUGUAGUUUAAGUGAAGAAGUAAAGUGUGGUGCGGUAUCGAUCGCGGUGUCCGGAGUUGUAGCUUGAAGUUAACAAUUUAUUGUUGCCAUGCAGUGCCAGCCGGUCACGCUGCCCCCGGGGCUGUGGCGCGAGGCGCUCUGGCGCUGGGCGUACCGCGGCCGCCGCCUGCCCGACUUCCCGCGAGACCUCGCCUUCUACGAGCACCAGCCACACAACGCUGACCUGAUUAGGGAGAUGAUCCGGCUGGAGAACCUGCACCGGCGCAUGCGGCAGCUCAGCGGCACCGUGCCGCCCAUGUGGCUGCCCGACCAGCGCGAGCCCUGGAAGAUCCCCCUCGACAUACAGGUGGCGCUAGACCGCCUGCCCCCGCCCGGGCCGCCGGCGCCGGCGCAGCGCGCGUGGGAGACGGCGGCGCGCGGCUGGGGCGCGGCGCUGGUGCUGCUCGCCGUGGUGCUCAUGCUGAUACGACUGUCUGAGAAGUGCUUCGACAUUGGGCUGUUUAAAGCUCGAAGAAGACGCUCCGUAGAGUGGCCCACCCCCAAUGUCCUCGCCACCAGCCACCGUCCUCAAGACAUGACAGACGAGGACCUGGACGCUCUAGACCCCUACCAAGACCACGCCACCGUCACACAGCUGAGUGUGGACCUCCCUCCACCAUACUCCGCCUGCGCCAGCGCCAACCCUGGUCCCAAUACUGGACCCAACACUGGACCCAAGUUUAUUGAUGAGCCGCCACCGCCGUACUCCGCUUGCUAUGUCGCCUUUUCUAAUCCAAAGGAUGGAGUUCCGUCGGUACAGUUCCUGAACGGCGAAAGACAGAACGUUCUAGAUGAAUCCAGAACUUCGAGGCUAGUUUUAGACACAGGGCAAACAAGUGAAGGUACAAAUGAGGAGGGAAAUAGAGGGGAGAAUAGUGAGGAGUUAAGAAGAGAAGCGGAUACUGUGAGGGAGUUGACAGAAGGGUUGAAUCAGUUGACAGAUGGGUUGAGGGAUUUGACAGAUGGGUUGAAUGAAGAGGUGACUGUCACGAAUCCGGGGAAUGUAGCUUCUAAUAGCUCGGCAGGAGAGUCGAAUGUCGAAGAGCAUAGACGCCCGGUAGCUGUAUGAACAAUUAGACAGUCAGUUUUGGUAUUUACUUUUCUCUUGUAAUCUAUGGAUUAUGAAUGAUAGACGCUUUACAUAAUACUACCUACUACUUACUCAUUUUAGACAUAGCUGCUUGCUCCUACCUUACCAAUGGUAGUAUGGGUAAGGGAAGGUUUAUUUUUUGAAAAAUCUCAACUAGUAGGUCGAACGAAAGUAAAUUUCACGACGAGUUGUGGUUUGACACAGUAUGUAGUACCUAAGGUUAGUAAUUCACUCAUACUUUAUUCAUCCUGAUAUCACAUAAUAUAGAAACUUACUUAUGUACAUUAGGGUUUAAUAAAUAGUAGGUGUGAAUAGAGACAAAAUAGUUCUGCUACUUAUUGUAUUUAAAUGGAAAUGUUUGUAAAUGCAAGAAUUAUCAUGAUAGGUAUAGGAGCGAGAAUCUUGACACCAAAGAUAGUUCAUAAUUUAAUAAUAGGAGGGUUGGAUGUAUUUUUUACAUUUGUGAUAAUAAUCCCAAUAUUUCAUAGAAAUCUUUAGUUGAUAAGUUUGUACCUAUUCAUUGCAAUUUGGCAGUUUGGCAAUAAAAUACCUAUAAGUAGAUACAAUGUACUUGCAUAUUGUAGUAACAU